AUGGAUACAAUCGAAAAUUCGCCCAUAUCAGCUCAUCAAAUAAAAUGCCUUAAAGCUUUUUUAGAGAACACAGUUGUUCAAAGUCCUGAGAUACUGUUGGAUAUACUUUGUAGGAUCAAUAGAAUAUUAAAAACUUGCUACCAACACGUAUCCAUUACCUCUGAUAAGAAUGCACUUUUGUAUUGCAGUAUUAUAGCAAAGAACCAACAAAUUUUGUUACAGUUUCUUACGAAUGAGAAUAAAUUUGUUGUGUAUACAGCCCAGAAAUUAUUAAUUCAGUGGAUCUUCUUACUAUCUAAUAAAGAAAGUUUAGGUCAAAUUGAUGUGAUAGAAACUCAAGAAUCCUUAAUAACUGGUCUUUAUAACUUUCACUAUAUAUUCCAUGAGAAUGAACAUAGUAUUUCUUCUGGCAUGGGAACUGAAGCUGUGCUUGAAAUUUAUCAUCAUAUUUUAAAGGACUUUAGACAUCAAUUAUUGCAAGAUAGAGAUGAAUAUUGUGAAGAGAGAAUAAUUCAUCAUGUUGGUUGGCGUAUUUUGAAUAUGUUAAGUAAACGUUUCGUUGUAGAAAAUUACAUAGUCAAUGGUCAUAGUGCAGAUUUUAAAACAGUUUCUAAUGAAAUCUUGCUACCAAGUCUCUCCAUAGUCGCUGAUAUAAAAAAAAUUGAGCAAACAACUAAUAUGGUUGAUACCGAACUUAUUAACGGAAUAAUGAAUUUUAUUAAGAAUCUUUCAAAAAAAAUUGAUAUGAACACUAUUCAUAUAUGUAAUUUAUUGAAUAAUGGACAUCAUCAAAUAAUACGGAAAGUUUUGAAGAUUCUAUUAUUAAUAGUGGAAUCUAAAAGUAGUGUCGGAGCGACAAUUGAGUGCCUUUCAGGCAUUCUUAAUUACGCGAAGAGAAUAAUAUCUAUGCCUGAUAAGGUUCAACUCGAGAACCUAUUAAAUCCUGAUGACGACCAUACGGAAUUUUUUGACAAUGGUUAUUAUUACGACUGUAAUGGCACGAAAUUUGGAUUAAGUCUCGAAAUCAUUAAGCAACUUGUUCAGAUUUACUUUUCAUCAUAUUUGUCGAUAGUGAACAUUCUGAUAAAUGAUGAAAAUUUAAGGAAUGAACUGAUCUGUGAAAAUAGUCGUCAAGUGCUUACUAAUGCUCUUGAAGUUUCUAAAGGUGAUAGUGAUUAUUCUGUGGAUUGCAUGUUCAACUUGUAUGUUAAUAACGACAAUGAUCUUAUAAACUUUAUGAGUAGUGCGUUGCAAUUGUCGGUACAGUUAAAAAAACUAGCCAAAUUAGCGGAAGAAAUCAAUCUUAAUAACGAAACUGGAAUAAAGUGGUUUCUAGAAACUAUAUUAUCUCAUUUCGAACCAUUUCUUCAAUAUUGUACUCCUCACACAAUAUUCCUCAAGUUUUUACAAUCAAUUGGAUUCGAACAUUCAACAAUAUUAGAUUUUUUGAUAUCUAAUGAAACUCGGUUUUUAGAAUUUUUUGUUACAUAUUGUAGAUAUUUAGUUCAAGAUUUUGAAAAGUUUCAAAUGGAAUGUUAUAAGUUUGAUAAGGAGAUCACCAAAAUAAAUUAUAAAAAUACCAUCGAUCCAAAUACUGAGGUCAAUAUGGAAACUGAUUUAGAUACUAUAAAUCGAGUAAAUGAAGUAUUUUGUAGUCUUAGAGAGAUUGUACAAUCAUUAAUGGAUAAACAAAUAUUUCCUUAUAAUGCAAGUUCUCUGAUUAAGAGAAUUAAAAAUGUGGAAGAGAUGCUUAAUAGUUUAGAUGGUUAG